AUGGUAGCGGGCCUGAAGAGAGUGAGUUACUUGGCGGAGACUCGUCGUUUUUGUUUCUCUUAUUCUACGCUUUGGCUUCAUAAUCCGGCCUUCUUCGACUCCGUCAUCUCACCUCUCUGCUUCGAAGCUCCGCUUGAUUCGCUUCUCUUCAUCGUGGAUUUGAUCGAUCACUACACCCACCGUCUCUGUUCCUCUCUUCUCAGUCGGAGUCGCUCCAACGACGAUUUGAAUGCAAGAGUGAAGCCAGAAAUCCAGAGAUGUGAAUUCAGUGUUGUUGUUGAUUCUGAUUCAGAUAAUGUGAAGUCGUGGUUGAUUAACAAGUCGAUGAAGACGUCGGUGGUGAUGAUGAACAAUCAAGCUGUUGCGGUUGUGGAAAAUGAUGCUCUAUACUUGAAGAUUGAUGAGAAAAUCAAGAUGAAGGGUGCAAUGAAGAUUGACACGCUGGUGAUGCGGAAGAAACUUGCAGAUAAUGAAGGUGCUGAUGACGAAUACUGCAGAUUGUUGAAGGCCUCUGAAGGUGGAAGAUAA